GGGAGCGGGAGCGGGAGCAGCAGCGACGGCAGCGGGCCGGGAGGCGCCGCUCAAGUGCGACGAGCUGCGCCUGGGGCAAUAUUUGUGAUGAUCCUAAAAUAGACAAUAGUACACAAGAACCAAUGAAUUGUAGAAAUCACACAGCAUAUGUUCAAUGUCUACCAGCACCAAAUAUUACUUGUAAAGAUCAUCUUGGCAUAGAAAAAGUCUUUACUGGAAAUGAAGUUGGAUUUUACAAGCCUAUUGCGUGUCGUAACGUAAAUGGAUACUCCUACAAAGUGGCAGUGGCUCUGUCUUUAUUUCUUGGAUGGCUGGGAGCAGAUAGAUUUUAUCUAGGCUAUCCUGCCUUAGGCUUGCUAAAGUUCUGCACUGUAGGAUUUUGUGGAAUUGGUAGCCUAAUUGAUUUCAUACUUAUUUCAAUGCAGAUUGUUGGACCUUCUGAUGGCUCUAGUUAUAUUAUAGAUUAUUAUGGAGCAAGGCUUACAAGGCUCACUAUUACCAAUGCAACAUUCAGAAAAAUGCAGACAUAUCCUUAACCCUGGCAGUAAGUGUCAUGUAUGCACAGGUGCAUUCUGUUUUUACAGAUGGAUCCAGUUGUCCACUGAAAUUGCUGAUGACUUAUUAAUUACAUUUCAUCAGAACUGUAUAUUAAAUGUUGUACAUUGAACAAAGAUGAUAAAAUAUGAAAAUUCAUCAAGAAAAUGAAUUUACCUCGGAGGUGCCAAGUUUCUCUGUGACUGCUCUAUUUCUGUGAGCGCAUAGUUUGCUGCUAAGUUGUAUCAUUUGUGAAGUCUGCAGACUUUUGUGAUUUGCACUGUUAAUAUUUGGCAUCUCAGUAUGAUUCAGAGAGUUAAGUGGGCAGAAGACAUUGCUCAGCAGAACGUCUUUGCUGAUCUUUAGUCCAUUGAAAUUGAUGAGACAUGGAUGUUAGUAGGGCCAGAAUUACACUGGGAUUUAUUUUCAGAACUAUUUGUGGGAGUUUGAAAUUUAACUUAAAAAACCUAAAACACAGAAACUGCUUUUCUUUCAGUUAUGCUAGUUAAAAUCCAGUGGCCCUAAAUCUUGUGCUGAAAUUCCUCUAUGAAUUCCUAUGAAAUUCCCUUGAUUUGAAGAUACUUUUUCUAUUAAGUUUAAAGAACAAUUUUGAUAAGAUUGCAAAAUUCAAUCAGUCCUGAUCAACAGUAGAAAUAUGGAUACAGAAAAAAAAGAACUAUAUGUGAUACAUCUCAAAAAGGAAGGUGGAUGUUGCAGUGCACUGAUAUUAGAAUAGGACAUAAUUGUUCUGCUUGUUUAGAUUUUCCCCCACUUGCAACCGUUUUUGUUGAAAUGCAUGCCUUCUUUUCAGAAAAAGAAAUUGUGGUGUGUUUUGCAGAUACAGAAUGUCAGAAAUGUGAAUUAUUUGCAUUAAUAAAGCCCUUGAAAGGUUGUUCUUUCAAGUGUACACCUGUUGAUAAAUGAACUGUGUUUCAGUGAAAUAAAUUCUAUGUGCUUCAAAGCUGUUUAACUGUUUGACCAAAUUCUUUAGGACAGCCCAGAUAUCCACACAUACCCCCCCACCCCCUGUUUCAACAGAAUCUUUCUACAAUUUGACCAAUUUAAAGCAUUCUCUUCACUUAUGAAAACAUGCAGUAACUGAAUGAAAAAUUCAUGUUAAUAGCAUAGAUUUUAUUUAAUAAUCUUGAGGCAGCGCGUGGUGGUUGCUUUAGAUGAAACUUUCAAAAUGUUAUUAAUAUAUCUGCAAUCAGUACUUUUAAGGGAAUUACAUAAACCAGAUUCCUAAAUUGUUUUUUUUAAGUGAAAUUUAUGUUUUUUAGUCUAUUUUGAACCUACCUUACUGGUGCACGUAAAACUUUGCAAAGCAAUCCUGUUUUUAUCCAAAUAACUGUUAACUGAAUACAUCAUGUAAUGGGAAUGAACCACAAGGAGUACCUUGUGCUUAACAUUGCUACUUUCCUUCACUUAAGGCAUAGUUUUGGAAUACUUGCUAACGUGCAUUUUGCAUGUGGGUUCGAAGAGACAAGAACACUCUGUUAGCUUCGUUCAGUUGCCGUAUGUAAGUUGCAUCUCCCUUUUGUCUCUCACUGAACGCUCUUUGUACACAUCAGUUUUGAUUGCUGAAAUACGCGCUUUCAAAAAGGGACAGUGAAAAUAGAAAAGAAAUGUUUGAACUAAAUAACAUUCCAUGAUUAAGAUCACCUUCUGACUUGUCUGCCUUUGUUUUUUAACCCUGAUAGUAGAGGUAUGGAAAGAGGAAGAUAUCAUGGAUAUUAUAAUGAAUGAAAAAGCCUUGAGCAGCUAUUUCACACAAGAGUUCAUUCUAAAAUACAUCUUCAUGUGUACAGGUAGCGGAGGGUUUGACUUAUGGGUUCAACAGUCCAUGUUGUGCUUCGUUGUUUGUAAAAUAAAUCAGGAACUAUUUUGUAUGAAUCAGAUGAAAAUGUGUUUAGUUAUUAGGUCCAUCAGGUAGUUUGUUUCUCCUAAAAACAAAACUGUCAGCACAGAGAAAGAUUUGUGAUUACGAAUUAGGUUAAUGUUUCUGUAGAAAGAAAUGUAUUUUAUUUGUUUAUGUCAACUAAGCUGGGAAAUAAAAAAUAAUACGAGAUUCUUUCAUCCUGAUCUUCUGUUUGUUAUGCCAGUGCGUGCUUGCGUCAGGUGUGCGUUGUUUUUUCAUACCGGUCAGAAUGAGGCCAGAGGUGACCAGACAGAAAAAUGUUUUGAGUCUCGGCAACUUUUAAUUUCUGUUCCCUUUAGACUUCGUUCUACUUGAUCCUCUGAUUCUGUACUAACAACUCUCCACUUGUCUUUCACGUCCCUCUCCUUUGUCUGUGAAGCCUUUUAGAAAUUAGUGUCGCAGAUGACAUAACCUUUGCAACUUGUAUUGGAUACUGCUGGAAUUGUGUUACAUGCCUGAACACACUUGGGUUUCUAUACGCUUACGUAGCUGCAUGGCUGAAGUUUCGAGAGGGUUAACUGAGGAAGCAGAUAGUACUGCAGGGCCAGUAGAGAGUUAGUGAGGUCUUUGUUUUCAUCUUGUAAUUGUCAGAUAUGGCAUGUUUACCAUAAGGACUGUGAAAAGUGUGAUGCAAGAUGUAAAGCUGUCCCACUGUGUUAAUAAUAAAUUGGCUACAGUAAUAUUUAUCGAAA